AUGCAAUUUGCGCUCCAACAAGCUAUUGGCAGUCAGGAGGUAAUCCGCAAUCUAGCUGGAGGAGAAGAGAUGCUGAGGAUUUGUGAGAAUUGGAUCACCCGAGAGGAGUUAGCGGACUUGGAGAGAUCGGAACGAAUCAACCCAACCCCUCAAGUUCAGAGAUUAGCAAUAACCCAACGAGCUCAUUUGCAUACCGUCAGCCCCUCCCCAGCGCCAUUACCUUUAGCACGCCAGACCUCAGAAAUCACGUACCUGGGUCGUGGCCAACAACCAGCGCAAGACCAACCACCAACCCAGAGACCGCAGACGGCUUUAAGCCAACAUUUGGCUCAAAGCAACCAAUUGCCUCCACCCCCGCCACUGUCUACUCAACCCCCACCAGCUUCAGCCUAUUACAAUCAGCGUCCCCAAAGGCAAGCACAACACCACCCGUACCAUCGUCAGGGUGGCCCCCAGCACCAACAACAGUACCCCCAGCAACUCGUUCAGAACUACAAACAACACCAUCAAGUGCAAGUGGCCCAGACACACAAGCCACAGCAAGGACAGUUUGUGAGCCUGGGUCUCAAUAGUGACAGCAGGACACAAUUGGUUUUUGGGGGGCACUUUUAA